AUGAAGACUACGCUCGUUCCGUGCUUUCCGCUCCGGCGUGUGUUACAUACAUUCAGGGGAUUACGACGUUUCUCAUGGAACAAGUUGCUUGGUCAUACGAUAUUUGUACGUAUGUGCAACAUCCAGCAGAUUUUUCGCUGCAGAUCAUCAAUGGCCGCGACUUCGUGCUUUGAAUCCAGUCAUUCGACCAAAGACAUAGCGCUCCCCCAUGUGACCUUUUCUGUUAUCUGA